AUGAAAACACUUUACAAUUAUUAACUAAACUAUUAAAAUCCAAAAAUAGUAUUUGUAAGCGGAGGUCCUGGAAGUGGAAAAGGAACUUAAUGUGAAAGAUUAGUACGAGAUUAUCAUUUUAAUCAUAUAUCAGUAGGUGAUAUCGUACGUUCUGAAGUAAAGAAUGAAACACCUGAAGGUCUUCGUUUUAAAGAUUUAACAGCAAGAGGAGAAUUAGUACCAGAUGAUUUAUUAAUAAACUUGAUAAUAAGGACAAUAAAAAGUCGUUAAUCCUAUAAAUUCCUUAUUGAUGGUUUUCCAAGAGGUAUUGAAUAAGCUAAACUUUUUGAAAAAAAAUAUAAAGAAAUUGAUUAUAUAUUGAAUGUAUAAGUUUCUGAUGAAAUCUUAAGACAACGACUUCUUGGAAGAGCUGAGACAUCUGGCAGACCAGAUGAUAAUUAUGAAGCUAUAGCUAAUAGAAUAGAAACUUUUCAUAGAAGUACUGCUCCAGUAUUGGAUUUUUAUAACCAUUUUGGAAAAGUAUAGACUGUAGACGGAAAUUUAUCAGUUGACGAAGUAUUCAAAUAGGUACAAAAUGCAAUUCAUCCAAAUAUAAUAUUUAUGUUUGGAGCUCCUUGUGUAGCUAAAUCUGAAGUAUGUGAAAGAUUAAGCAAUAAAAUAAAAUAUCAUUAUAUAUGUUUGGAAAAAUUUAGCCGAUAACAUAAUGUAAAAGACGAAAUAGACAAAGUAAAUAAGCUCAUAUAUUAUAUAGAAAAUGCUCCUUUUUCGAACUUUAUAGUCGACUCUUUUUUUGCAGAUCGCCCUUCAGCGGAAAUAUUCUUAAACCAUUUCGGAAAUCCUUUCCGUGUAUUUUAUUUAGAAUCUCCAAAAGACGAAGUAAUGAACAAUAUACAAAAAUACAUUGAAACAGAUAUUGAAAGAAAAGAAAAAAAAGCCAAAUAUGAGCUUUUUAUAAAAAACAGAUAAGGAGUACUUUCAUUAAUUGAAAAAUAAUCCUUUUUUGUACAUUUAAAUGCAGUUGAUACAAUUCCAAAUCUUAUAAGAAAUGUAAUGAUUAGUAUUAAACCUUUAGUAAUAGCCGCAUUUAUGUAUAAUAAUAUGGAUUUAGGAGCUGAAUAUUGCUAUGCUUUGGAAAAAAAAAGAGAUUUCAUAUUCCUUGAUGUAUACGAAUAAAUAUAAUCAGAAAUCGAACGAGGAACUACUUUAGGUUAAAAAAUGAACUCUUUUGAACAAAUUGGGUAGGAAAUUCCUUCUAAAUAUGUAGUUGAAAUGUUAUAGAAAAUCCUAUUCUCGAAUAUUAAUUUAAGGAAAUUCGUUUUGACUAAUUUUCCAGAAAGAAGUGCUUAGUUUGAUAAUUUUGAAAGGGAACUUUUCCCAAUUGAUUAUUUGGUAAAUUUUACUUAAUAAAACCACAAGUUGAAGUUUUAUCAUGAAAUGAACCCUAUUUUAGAUUAUUAUGUACAAGGGAAAUAUAUAAAUAUUGAUAGAGAAGCCUUAGAUAUUAUAGACCUUUAUGUUACAGAAAGAGCACAUUUUGGAUUCGUAUCGGGUCCCACAGGUAGCGGUAUUACUACUUCAUCAAAAUAUAUAGCAGAAAAAUUCGGUUUUGUAUUAGUUGAAUGGGAAAGUACAUUCGAAAUGCUCAAAACAAAACUAGGAGGAGACGAAGGUCCUUUAGAAGAAGUAAACUUUUAAUAAGUAGAAAAUUAUUUCGUGGAAAGACUUAAAGGAAAUAAAGACAAAACAUUAUUUGAUGGAUGGCCGAGUGUGUAUAAUUUAUAAUAAUUACAAUCUUUUUUGAAAAAAGUAGGCUUACCAACAUUCUUUAUUGAUUUAAAUAUGGAAAAAAGUAAUUAUAUUAAAAGAUAUAGAUUAAAAAAUCAAAUGGACAUUGAAGCCGAAUUAUAAGAAGAAGAAAUCUAAAAAAUGGAUGAGAUUUUACUAAACGCAAGUUCUUUCACAAAUUUCUACGAAUAAACCGCUGAAUAGAAUUUCGGAUGUACCUAUUAUAAAUUAGAUGCUAAUGAUUCACUAGAAAGUACACGAAGACAUUUAAAUAAUAUUUUCUAAAAGAGAGUUUAUGUCCUAAACAAUUACACAGAUCCAAAAGAUUAAGAAAGAAGCGAAAACCAAAAAUUAAUGUUUGUGAAUUUUUGUGCGCGUCAAAAUAUUAUGUUUGUUGAUAUUCAAAAAAUACUUAAACUUCACUAUUGGUAAAAGCCCUUUGAAUUUCAUUAACAUACAUAAAGCGAAUAUUCAAUGAGAUGGACUUAAUAACCUCCUUAAUUCCCUUCUAAUUAUACACCAAAGCUUAUUAUGUAAGCCGUCUAGGCCCAUUUAAAAACUUUCAAAAUAUCCUCUAGAGAUAUACUUUUAUAUGGGUAUCCUGCUGGAGAUACUCCCCAGGAAAGAAAAGAUAAUGAGAGAUUUUAUCCUCGAGCUUCUGAUGAAAUUAUGAAUAUAGAAAAAGCUUUGGGGCCUAUAAGAAUGGUUUGUGUACUUACUGAUGAAAAAGUUCUAUAUGAUAUUUAAGAUGAAGCUUGGGAAUUGGAAGCCCCGAAACCCAAAGUAGUAAAAAGAGAAGAAGGAGAAGAAAAUGAAGAUGCUCCUCCAGCAGAAGAGCCUCCUGGAGAAGAUGAAGAUGAGAACAAACCCAAAUUUAAUAUCUAUGAUUUUAAAUGGACUAAAUGUGAUGGAAUUCCAAAAACAGUUCCUUAAUGGUAUAAUAAAUUGAAAAAAACUCACAAAAAACACUACUCAUUAAAAAUUAAUGGAAUCGAAAAUACUUACGAUAAACUUCUUGAUUUUUCAAAUCUGAUAAGCGAGGAAAGUUAAUAAAAUAAAGCUGAAUAGGACUAUAGAAAAGUGAAUCUUUUCGUAUAGUUAAGAUAUGAUGAUGUUUAUGAAGACGAAGAAGAUGAAUAAGAACCUUAUAGAGAACCUUAUAAACAUAUAGUCCCUGAAGAACCUAAAUUACAAUUACCUGAUCAUGAUAUUUUAGAAGAAGAACAAAAAUAACCUUAAGAAGAAGGCGAAGGUGAAGGUGAAGAUUAUGAAGAAUGA